AUGGGUUUUACAUACGUGAUCGAACACAUGGAGGAGGACGAGGAGACCCCCAAGUCCCUUCCUCGAUGGGUUGAGCUAGAGUACAUGCACAUGCGCGCAUUUGCCGGACAUGGUGCUUCUGUUCACUUCACGCACCUUUCCCAGGGAUCGUGCAAUACCCUCUCAGACCUCUUCGCGAGCGACCCAGAGGGCACCAGCCCCCGCGCGCACGCAUACGCCCAUCAAACGUCAGUGAUGGAGCUUAUGGAAGCGCGGGGUGUGCCACUGGACAAAGUGUGUCUCUUGGAUCCUAAGGCAGAGAAAGAGAUUUCGCCUGAAGACGGCGACGGGAGGUUCGAGUGGUUCUUGUUCGGAGGUAUACUGGGUGACGAUCCUCCGCGUGACCGCACCUCCGAACUGCGCGUGCUUGGGUUCCCAACUCGACAUCUAGGCCCAGUGCAAAUGACGACCGACACCGCGCUCGGGGUUACCAAGAUCGUCGUCAGUGACAGAACUCCUCUACCGGAUAUUCCAUUCGUCGACUUCCCAACGAUCGUGUUCAACUCCAAAGAGAGUGUCGAGAUGCCUUUCAGGUAUAUCGCAAAAAACAAGGACCCGAUCAUGCCGCCUGGCAUGCGAGAGCACCUAAAAGAAGACUUGGACAAGAGCUUCGACUUUUGA